UUGUCGACACAAAUCCCCGUAUCUGCGAUUUGGAACCUUCACUUUCCACGGGUCUGACGUCAACACAUCGUACAAACACGAAGAAGGACAAGAAAUUGUUUCCGCCUUUCGUGCUGACUCACACAAUGGACGUGAUGCUGAACAUGGGCCAAUCGCAUCCUUUUGACUACAAGAAAAGCGUUCUCCAACUUGAUCUCGACACAACUUGGAGCACGCUCGUCUCAAUGGGUCGACCAAUGUGGCACAGCUACAUCAUGACGAAGCCGUGGAACCGCCGUGGCAUAUUCAUUCUGGCUGCUUCCAAGUUGCUCUGUGGUCUCAGCCCCUUUAACAACGAGAGCUACGGAGCGAGUUCUCUUCAAGGAGUGGCGUCACUAAUGUGCCGUCUUGGAUUGCGCCCGCAGUCUCACUCGGCGUUUGCAACGCAGGCCGUGUCUGACUUCAUGGCAGUGCUUCACUACGUCAACUUUUCGUACGAUGCACACAUCAGUGGCUACGUGACGGAGCCCGUUUUGACUUUCGGGGCAACGCACCUGUGGUACGAGAUUGACCCAUUGCCGCUGGAGGAAUACAUACUUCCUCAAUUCUUGGAGUUAUUGAUGCAGGGUCUAAUCGACGUCGGAAGCAUCGGCGAAGUGGUGGCGCGAAUUAUUUUGCUGCUAGCUAUGGAUGCGACCAGCAUGGGCGAGGAUGGCUUUCGUGCCUACCGGUUGAGUGGAACCGGAUCUAAACGUUUGAAGGGUCAAUUUUGCUCGGUAAAGCAGUUCCUGGGGCUGCUUGAUGGAUCGUUGAAACCGCGAAGAGGUAUAAAGUGUGAUAACGUCCCCAACGACGCAACCGAAAAAGACAAUAACGCAAAGCCACGGCGGGAGCUUUUCAAUGUGAUCGACGAAGAGAAUGCGACAACGGGAGGUGCAACACCAGAGCAAAGGGACAGCUUUGAGUUAUGGAUGAACGACUGGGACAACUGGAACCUGUCGCCUGCAAGCGUGUUCGCUGUGAACGAGGAAGAGGAGAGCAAACACGAGUUUUCAGAGCUCUCACCACGUAGGACAAUCCGUAUCUACAUGAGUCUACGGGAAUGCGAUAUUUCCAUCCCGGCCCAGUCGUAUCUCAUCGAUAAUGCUAGUGCUACGAGUGUGGACGACGUGUCGUACACACUGUGCCUUCGGGGAAUGUGCUGCCCGGCCAGACUGGGAUCGGUUUCUUCUUUAAGAAAUUGGCCCUUCUUGUUGACACUGAAGAUUGCGGAUCAGCUGGCACGUCUCGCCGAUUCGGCCUGGUGGGAUCCGUUGGCUAAGGUCAACGUGGAUGUGGCACGGCGAAACUUUUUCAAAGAGCUGAUACCGGAUGAAGAGUUGAAGGAGGCUCUACGGCUUUUGAACUGA